UAUGAAUUGAUUCAUUUUUCAUUUUCAAAUUUAAAGUUUUCAAGAGUGAAACUCUAUAUUUGAAGUUUCACUACUCAAAACUUCUCAUAGCUUAAAAAAAUCAUUCUUUCUAUAUACCUAUCAUAAUAACUUUUUCUCACAAAAACAAAUUAACUCUUGACUAGUCAACCUAACUAUUAACAAAAAGUAAGGGUAAUUUCGUCACAACACCCUUUCGGAAUGCGUGAAUGUGCCUCUCAGGCACAAUGUGUCUUAUUGUGUCAAAAAACAGAAAAAAGUGUCUUAAAGAGUAAUACACUUUUUUUUAAGGCGAUUCUCAUAAAUAGACAUUUUCAAGUUUUGGUCACAAAAAUAGACCAUAAGGAGGAAAAUGACCAAAAUGUUUUAUUUAAUAGGUAAAAUAACACUAAUACCCUAGAUAUAUAUAAAAAAAAAAUCAAAAGAAAAAGAUAAAAAAAAAAAGUAAAAAUAAAAAAUAAACCCUGAUGGUGAGUAGAUUUUUUUCACUUUUUUUUGAAAAGCUCAUACUCUGAACUUAUGCAUUUUGUUUAUUUUCUUUGUGGUAUAGGAACUCUCAAGGGCGUUUAUGAUGUUAAAGAAAACUUUUUUACUCCCACCUCGAAUGUUCCCCGUGCUGGACCGAGAAACUCAGUUUUUGAAGCUCCAACUUUGGUAAAUGCCACCAGCUCUCGAGCACCACCAACACCGAGCUCCAUGGGGAAUACGGCUGGUGGAGGCUCAGUGAGCAGGGCUUUGGUCUCUGAUGGAGGAAGUAUACUGAGCUCUACGGGGAGUAUGGGUGGUGGAGGCUCAAUGAGCAGGGCUUUGAUCUCUGAUGGAGGAAGUAUACUGAGCUCUACGGGGAGUAUGGGUGGUGGAGGCUCAAUGAGCAGGGGAUUGAUCUCUAAUGGAGGAAGUAUAAUGAGCUCUACGGAGAGUAUGGGUGGUGGAAGCUUAUUGAGCAGGGCUUUGAUCUCUGAUGGAGGAAGUAUAAUGAGCUCUAUGGGGAGUAUGGAUGGAAGUACUGAACAUAAUAGAUCAAUGAUGAUUGGGCUCCAAGGAUUUCCACAGGUUUAUUCUAUGCCUGGAAGCUCCUACCCUUCUGCUGCUGGAGGACAUUUCCAAACUCAUGUUCAAGCAAUGAACAGCCUAAGCUCUAUGAGCUUAAUGAACUCCAACUACAUGACAAGAACUCUCAAGGGCGUUUAUGAUGUUAAAGAAAACUUUUUUAUUCCCACCUCGAAUGCUCGCCGUGUUGGACCGAGAAACUCAGUUUUUGGAGCUCGAACUUUGGUAAAUGCCACCAGCUCUCGAGCACCACCACCACCGAGCUCCAUGGGGAAUACGGCUGGUGGAGGCUCAAUGAGCAGGGCUUUGGUCUCUGAUGGAGGAAGUAUACUGAGCUCUACGGGGAGUAUGGGUGGUGGGGGCUCAAUGAGCAGGGCUUUGAUCUUUGAUGGAGGAAGUAUACUGAGCUCUACGGGGAGUAUGGGUGGUGGAGGCUCAAUGAGCAGGGGAUUGAUCUCUGAUGGAGGAAGUAUAAUGAGCUCUACGGGGAGUAUGGGUGGUGGAGGCUUAUUGAGCAGGGCUUUGAUCUCUGAUGGAGGAAGUAUAAUGAGCUCUAUGGAGAGUAUGGAUGGAAGUACUAAACAUAAUAGAUCAAUGAUGAUUGGGCUCCAAGGAUCCCCACAGGUUUAUUCUAUGCCUGGAAGCUCCUAUCCUUCUGCUGCUGGAGGACAUUUCCAAACUCAUGUUCAAGCAAUGAACAGCCUAAGCUCUAUGAGCUUAAUGAACUCCAACUACAUGACAAGAACUCUCAAGGGCGUUUAUGAUGUUAAAGAAAACUCUUUUAUUCCCACCUCGAAUUCUCCCCGUGCUGGACCGAGAAACUCAGUUUUUGGAGUUCCAACUUUGGUAAAUGCCACCAGCUCUCGAGCACCACCACCACCGAGCUCCAUGGGGAAUGCGGCUGGUGGAGGCUCAAUGAGCAAGGCUUUGGUCUCUGAUGGAGGAAGUAUAUUGAGCUCUACGGGGAGUAUGUGUGGUGGAGGCUCAAUGAGCAGGGCUUUGAUCUCUGAUGUAGGAAGUAUACUGAGCUCUACGGGGAGUAUGGGUGGUGGAGGCUCAAUGAGCAGGGGAUUGAUCUCUGAUGGAGGAAGUAUAAUGAGGUCUACAGGGAGUAUGGGUGGUGGAGGCUUAUUGAGCAGGGCUUUGAUCUCUGAUGGAGGAAGUAUAAUGAGCUCUAUGGGGAGUAUGGAUGGAAGUACUGCACAUAAUAGAUCAAUGAUGUUUGGGCUCCAAGGUACUUCAUGACUUGAAUCAUUUUAUGUUGUUUGUUUAGAUUCAUCAUAUGUGCCUCUUUGUAUGCAUUGUAGGAUCUCCACAAGUUUAUUCUAUGCCUGGAAGCUCCUACCCUUCUGCUGCUGGAGGACAUUUCCAAACUCAUGUUCAAGCAAUGAACAGCCUAAGCUCUAUGAGCUUAAUGAACUCCAACUACAUGAGAAGUAAUAAAAAUAUAUAAACCCUUUUUGAUUCUCUCUUCUUUUUUUUAAUUAGUUUGAAUCAAAUAUUAACUUCCACUAUUUUUUUGGCAUAAUAUUUAGAGAGUGUUUUUGUGAUGAUCAUAUCCCUACUGAAUUAUUACUAAUCAUCUUCAGGAUCCAGUGUGAUGCUACCACUCAUAAUGUUCAUACUUGUUUAAAAUUUUCAUGGCUUAAAAAAUCAUUCUUUCUAUAUACCUAUCAUAAUAAUUUUUUUCUCACAAAAACAAAUUAACUCUUGACUAGUCAACCUAACUAUUAAUAAAAAGUAAGGGUAAUUUCGUCACAAAACCCGCUCGGAAUCCGUGAAUGUGCCCCUCGGGCACAAUGUGUCUUAUUGUGUCAAAAAACUGAAAAAAGUGUCUUAAAGAGUAAUGCACUCUUUUUUUUAAGGCAAUUCUCAUAAAUAGACAUUUUCAAGUUUUGGUCAUAAUAAUAGACCAUUAGGAGGAAAAUGAACAAAAUAUUUUAUUUAAUAGGUAAAAUAACACAAAUACCCUAGAUAUAUAAAAAAUAAUUAAAAAAAAUAAAAACAAAAAAAUAUAAAAAAAAUAAAAAAUAAACCAUGAUGGUGAGUAGAUUUUUUUUCUUUUUUUGAAAAGCUCAUACUCUGAACUUAUGCAUUUUGUUUGUUUUCUUUGUGGUAUAUGAAUUCUCAAGGGCAUUUAUGAUGUUAAAGAAAACUUUUUUAUUCCCACCUCGAAUGCUCGCCGUGCUGGACCGAGAAACUCAGGUCUAAACAGUGUUCCUUAUGCUAGAUUCUAUAAUAGGUUUGGUGAUUAUAUUCUUCUCACCAUUGGUUAAUUAUUUUUACUGUGACAGCUUUUGGAGCUCCAACUUUGGUAAAUGGCACCAGCUCUCGAGCACCACCACCACCGAGCUCCAUGGGGAAUACGGCUGGUGGAGGCUCAAUGAGCAGGGCUUUGGUCUCUGAUGGAGGAAGUAUACUGAGCUCUACGGGGAGUAUGGGUGGUGGAGGCUCAAUGAGCAGGGCUUUGAUCUCUGAUGGAGGAAGUAUACUGAGCUCUACGGGGAGUAUGGGUGGUGGAGGCUCAAUGAGCAGGGGAUUGAUCUCUGAUGGAGGAAGUAUAAUGAGGUCUACGGGGAGUAUGGGUGGUGGAGGCUUAUUGAGCAGGGCUUUGAUCUCUGAUGGAGGAAGUAUAAUGAGCUCUAUGGGGAGUAUGGAUGGAAGUACUGAACAUAAUAGAUCAAUGAUGAUUGGGCUCCAAGGAUCCCCACAGGUUUAUUCUAAGCAUGGAAGCUCCUACCCUUCUGCUGCUGAAGGACACUUCCAAACUCAUGUUCAAGCAAUGAACAGCCUAAGCACUAUGAGCUUAAUGAACUCCAACUACAUGACAAGUAAUAAAAAUAUAUAAACCCGUUUUGAUUCUCUCUUCUUUUUUUUUUAAUUAGUUUGUAUGAAAUAUUAACUUCCACUAUUUUUUGGCAUAAUAUUUAGAGAGUAUUUUUGUGAUGAUCAUAUCCCUACUGAAUUAUUACUAAUCAUCUUCAUGAUCCAGUGUGAUGCUACCCCUCAUAAUGUUCAUACUUGUUUAAAAUUUCCAUGGCUUAAAAAAAUCAUUCUUUCUAUAUACUUAUCAUAAUAACUUUUUCUCACAAAAACAAAUUAACUUUUGACUAGUCAACCUAACUAUUAACAAAAAGUAAGGGUAAUUUCGUCACAAACCCCUCUCGGAAUCCGUGAAUGUGCCCCUCUGGCACAAUGUGUCUUAUUGUGUCAAAAAACUGAAAAAGUGUCUUAAAGAGUAAUGCACUCUUUUUUUUAAGGCAAUUCUCAUAAAUAGACAUUUUUAAGUUUUGGUCACAAAAAUAAACCAUAAGGAGGAAAAUGACCAAAAUGUUUUAUUUAACAGGUAAAAUAACACUAAUACCGUAGAUAUAUAAAAAAUAAUUAAAAAAAUGAAAACAUAAAAAAUAAAAAAAA